GGUGUGAGUGUGUUGUGCGCUCGAGGUCGGCUUUCUCAUGUCAAUAUACCACUUGAAUGUAGUAGGCUGUUACUGAGAUGCAAUGGGAAUCCUGUGAUCAUGGAUAAACAUCGAAUUAUUUUAUCGUUGUUCGUCUUAGCUGGCUCCUUUGGACUAUAUGAUGCCCUGCUGUGUAACUGCUCCAUUGCUGACUGCGAGAAGCAGGGCUACCAGUGCCAGACGGACGGCGCGUGCAUGGCGUCCACCUCGGUCAUCGACGGCGUGGAGCAGCGUGUGCGGACCUGCAUCCCCCAAAAGCAGCUGGUGCCGCCAGGCCAGCCCUUCUACUGCCUGAGCGCCGAGGGCUACUUCAACACCCACUGCUGCUACCACGACUACUGUAACAGCAUGGACCUGAAGGUGCAACCAGUGACGGCCUUUCCGGCGGUUGGCUACACUGAGGGCUGGGGCCCGGUGGAGGUGGCAGCGGCAGUGGCGGGGCCGGUCUUCCUGCUGUGCGUGGUGCUGCUGCUUGGCCGCUUCCUCUUCCAGCACCACCAGAGAGCCUACGGCCACCGCCACCGCCUGGACGUGGAGGACCCCAGCACCGAGCACCUGUACCUGGCCAAGGACAAGACCUUGCAGGACCUCAUCUACGACCUCUCCACUUCUGGCUCGGGCUCCGGCCUUCCUCUGUUUGUGCAGAGGACAGUGGCGCGGACCAUCGUGUUGCAGGAGAUCAUCGGUAAGGGUCGCUUCGGUGAGGUGUGGCGAGGACGCUGGAGGGGGGGCGACGUGGCCGUGAAGAUCUUCUCGUCCCGCGAGGAGCGUUCCUGGUUCCGCGAGGCUGAGAUCUACCAGACCAUCAUGCUCCGCCACGAGAACAUCCUGGGCUUCAUCGCCGCCGACAACAAGGAUAAUGGCACCUGGACUCAGCUGUGGCUGGUAUCUGACUACCACGAACACGGCUCUCUGUUUGAUUACCUGAACCGCUAUUCGAUGCCCAUUGAGGGCAUGAUCAAGCUGGCGCUGUCCGCUGCCAGUGGCCUGGCCCAUCUGCACAUGGAGAUCCUUGGCACACAGGGAAAGCCAGGCAUCGCUCACCGUGAUCUGAAGUCUAAGAACAUCCUGGUGAAGAAAAACGGCACCUGCGCCAUCGCUGACCUGGGCCUGGCUGUGCGUCACGAGUCCAUCACAGAUACCAUCGACAUUGCGCCCAACCAGCGGGUCGGCACAAAGAGGUACAUGGCCCCGGAGGUGUUGGAUGAGAGCAUCAACAUGCGACACUUUGACUCCUUCAAGUGUGCUGAUAUCUACGCACUGGGGCUGGUCUACUGGGAGAUUGCUCGACGCUGCAACGCAGGAGGUAUUCAUGAAGAGUAUCAGCUGCCCUACUAUGACUUGGUGCCCUCCGACCCCUCCAUAGAGGACAUGAGGAAGGUUGUGUGUGAUCAGCGGUUACGACCCAACAUUCCCAACUGGUGGCAGAGCUAUGAGGCGCUGCGUGUGAUGGGGAAGAUUAUGCGCGAGUGCUGGUAUGCUAACGGUGCGGCGCGUCUCACGGCCCUGCGCAUCAAAAAGACCUUGGCCCAGCUGAGCAUCGAGGAAGAUGUCAAAAUCUAAGGUGAUUCCUGAAAGGAAGUGUUGGUGACGAUGUGAGAACUCAGCAAUGAGAUCCAACUGUUCUACUACUGCAAACUAUCCUGCCAGUCAGAAAAAAAAGCCGCCGUCCACACUUUUGUGACAUGGCCUACCUCACCUUCUUCUGCCAAAACUACUGAGUACUACAGUACCCACAGUCCUCUCCUUCUCCUGCCAGUUGUCCCAUGAUCCACCACCCCCUACCUCCAGCCCUUCCGACUAUAGUGGCCGUCGACUGCAACUACUGAUCUUACUACUUUUACUGCAACUGCAACCACUAGUACUAUAUCCCCCUCUGUGAAUAUAUGAAUAUGUGUAUUAUUAUUUAUGGUGGGUAAAUAUUGCUGUAUAGUUUUGAAUUUGGUUUUAUUAUUGUUUCCUCUUUGUUUCUCAUGUCUAUUGAAGGUCUGGUGAAUUGACUCUUUGCGAUUCCGUGACCCAUGGUAAAUAGGUAGUGUUGGCUCAGAGGUUCCAUUAGGGUGUUUUUUUUUUUAAAAGAACCCUCCAGUCUUGAAUUUAAAUGCGUCCUUUUAUAGCAAGCAAAAGCGUAUCUCUCUUAUACCGUCUCCAUGUUUCUUAGUUGACCACCUCUGUUUUGCAGUUGGUGUGUUGUUUUAUUCCCCCCCCCUCAGGUUUAGUGUUGGGCGUAGUCGAUGCUGCGCAUGUCAGAGGUUAGUAGGCUAACACCGCUCAGCGGUGAGCACAGCUCAGUGCAGGCCGCUAAUCUGCAGCUCCCAGCCUAAUCUGGAGCCCCUGCCACCACAAACACCCGAUCUCACAAGCAGAGAGGACAACGAAGGCCUCCGAGGGAGCGAGAGGGCAUGAGAUUAUACAGAGAGGGCCCGGCGACCCGCACUAGCCAGGGCGCAAGCUGCCGAUAAAGACGAGCACUUCCACGUUAAGUACAGACUUAGCACUGAAACCCCAUACGUAGACACCUUUUUGUUUGAGUCCUUGAGGACCUCGUAAAGUAUCGACCAUAGGAAAUUGUAGCCGCCAUAGAAACCACUCAUCAGAUGACACUGGAGGAUUAAAAUAGGUGUAAGUGAAUGAAGCAAAGUCCUACUAUAUGAAAACCUUUUAUAGAAGGGAGUGGGCAUGGGGGUUGGGGCGGGCGAGGGGGGUCCACUGAUGUUCAAGGCUUUAGCAAGCGGCAUCAUGUGGGAUAAUGUAGCAUUUGCGGCUGAUGUAAAGUAGCACUGCAGCUGAGAGUGGAGGGAAGGGGAGGUGUCCAGGUUCCCAGGAAUUGGUGAAUGUCAAUCAGCUGAUGGUUGGCACAACAUUCAGUUUCUGAAAAGCACUUUGAUGAAGCACUGAUGUUCUCACGGGAGACCACAGCCAUAGCAGCUUUGUUAGGAUCACGCGACUACACUGUACUCCACACUGCACACGCGUAGGAAUGGUACAUAAAUCACUCUUAUUCAUUGUGUUCAACACUCCCAAAUCUCAAGUCUUUCCUUGACAAGGAUACAAUCCCAUGGAAACUAAAUUAAUUUUCGAGGUGAAACUGGGGAAAAUUUGAGCUGAUUAUCAAGUCAGUUCAAUUCUUUGGCAAUGCCUUGUCUAGGAAACCAUUGUAUUUUUUUUUCUGGGGUGUUACGAUUUGCCAUGAUUAAGCAAGCUGAUGUACAUAAAAUGUAUUUUUUAAAAGGUACGGUAUUGUACAUAUAUUUUACCUAAUGAUCUCUGAUACUUAGCUAAGUUGUAUAUCACUUGGGAGUUUUUUUGUUUUGUUUUUUUGGGGGUGGGGGGGGCUCGUAAGUAAGCUGUUUUGGCAUCACAAAGGACUUAGUCCUGAUUAUGCACUGGUCUGAGAACAUAAGGCCAUCUCACUCACUGACUAAGGCUAGAGGGAAACACUGGUCAUUUUCUUGGUGCUUUGGGGAGAGAGGUGAGCGUGGCACUUUAGAUGAUGAUUUUAGUAUCCAUGAACUAGCGUGAUUGCUUUUUACUUCACACAAAGAAAAAAGUUCAAUUAAGUUAUUACAGAAUACAGAUUGUGAAUAAUGUGGACCCAGGAGCCUUGUUUAUCUCCUGGACAUAGUUGUAUUUUACACAACCAUCAAAGGUCCUAUGAAAAUAUAUCUACAGAACAUUGUCACUGCAUGUCUAAAUCAUUAACUCCUUGGACUGAGGAGCUAAAGUUGUUCAUGAUGUUGUUAAAUGGUGAAUUUGUAACUGUAAAUGGAUAAUUUAAUAGCUUGUCCGUGCUGAUUAACACAAAAAAAUGCAGUCAGUUGAAUAUGGUGCACAAAGUUGCAAUGAAUUAUGUUAGUUAAUGGAUACCCUACAGCACUACUGAGCACUAAGAGGCAACAGCUGAAGUGUUUGAUUGACUCCUACUGUGCAUCAUUUAGACAUGAUGGCCACAGGAUUUAAGACUAGUUUCCAUCUAGUGCACCCUCGUUAAUAUGCAAGAUGUAAAUAUAUUGUAUGAUGUUUUGUUCGUUUUAGAGGGUGGCUUUUUGUAUUUAUUGAGUUUUGCUCUUUUUAGAGAAAACUGCAAGUUCACUUCUUAAAAUAUGGUAUUUGUAGGUAUGUUUUCUGUCCCCUUUCCUUAGUGAUGAAUCAUAAGCUAAAAAAGGUACGACAAGUGCUGAGCAGAUACUCAUUCUAGACUGCCCUCCCUUAAGCCUGCCAGACACUGAAACCCAUAGCAACACCAUGUGGGGCUAAAUGUUUUUACAUAUAGCACUGAAUUAUUCCAUAUUAUAUCUAAGUCAGAAACCAUGCCGGCCCAGAAGCAAGAGGUUUUUGUCCAGGGUUGGCACAUACUGCCAUUUCCCAGCGUCAAAAAGUGGGUGUGAAAAACUGCACUGUGAUGUAACUUGCCCCAGAAGCACAUGUGCUUUAUAAAAACGAUAUAUGCUGUUUUAAUUUUAUUGAACAUUUGUGGAAAAAGGUGUAUUUUUUAAAUUAUGCCUGGGGACAAUAUUUGAAGUCUUGACGCAACACAUCGUGAAUCUUUAGCCCAAGCACAUCCGACUAAAAGCCUAAACGUUUGAUUCCAAGUUCUUAAUCUCUUGUAUUGAAGAUCUACGUUGCUUUCCUAUUUUAUUUUUGAAUGUCAACUGUUUGAAUGACUAUGAAUAUAUGAACUUAACACUAAAUCUAAUCUCGCAAACACUACUGAAAUCCCCUACACUGUCAGCUCUCUGUUCUGAACACACUGGGUGUUAUUCUAUUUUCUAAAUGUAGCCUAAUUAUUAGAGGCAGAAGGGUUCUGUGUACAUACAUGGAUUUUCUGAAAUGACUGCUGCUGAAGGGUUUUGGGGUUAACAGAUAGAAGGUAUUUUUCAGUUUCCUGUUUAGAUGUUCCAAUUACUUUUGCCCCCAGAAAAAAAGAGUAGCACCUCACCUGCCUGUUCUACACCCACCCACCCCCUCCCAGCUGUUAGCGCACAUGUCUGUCAGAUCUCACUCUCUAAACAAUCACUUGUCAAGUUUUACAAUCAUGAGUACAAAAGAAUCAUGACCCUGUACAUGAUUGUGUUCUGGGGGUUGGGAUGAAAUCCUGCUGAUAAGCUUUUUUUUCCCCAAUCUUGUACAUAGGGUAAAAUUAUACAGUAAUAAAUUCAGUAUUUCCUA